ACAUUCUCCAAAUAGUUUGCAUACCGACGUCUCCACGAGUGAGCACGAUUGACAGUUAUGAACUUUAAAUGCAUUUUCUCUGUCAGAGAAUGAAUCGAGGUGAAGUGUAUGAAAAUUUCCUUUAUGUUGCAGCUCUGGCCGCCGGAUGUUGCAUAUCAGUUCCGCUUAAAAUCAACGAAUCUAACUUAAAAGGUCAUUGUUUACUUUUUGGCGAGCUUGAUGUUCUAACGAACACUGUGUUAGCUGGUAAUCACGGGUACUGCACCUUCACGUUUUACUCGUCUUUGACAAAUGCUGCUUUAGCAGCUUUGUUGGGAUUUUUUAAAUGGUGCUGUAGUGUAGACACCGAUAGUCCAAGAGUGGUGUACUUCAAAUUUACUACUUGCAUUCUGUCAGCCAUUGCAUGGAUCAACUGUUUGGUGUGUACCAUCUUCAUUGUGAUUGGCUUUACAGAGUGGUGCAGCUCAGUAACUAACAAUGGGAAUGUAGAGAGCUGCCAAAAUGCAGAAAAGUGGGAUUGGACUCAAUACACACCAGCUGACAUUGAUGGAAGCAAGUUUUACACUUAUCUCUUCAUGGCAGAGGUUGCCUCAUUUUGUGUUGUAGUGAUUUGGUUUAUCAUAGUCAUUCUCUCAGGAAGAAAUUUUAAGCAACGUCUAUUGCAAGCAAGAGCAGCACAAUACUAUAUCACAGAUGGCAGAAUGGUAUACCCAGUACCAAUACAAGAAAUCCCUGUUUAUGAAAUCAAGAGUGAGCAGGGAUCAAGAUACCUGUGAUUACUUUAAAAUUAAUAUUAACUUAAAUUUUGAUAGUAAUAGAUCGUAUAGUGUAAUAGUAAUAGAUCGUAUCUUUUUGUCUUAACAAAAAGUUCCCUGAUGUUCCUUGGAAGAAAACACUUAAUUCUUCGUAAUAAACCCAAUCUUUUGAUUUUUAGUAGAUUUUUAAUCUACUAUUUCUUUAGCUUUUGCAAUUUUAUUUUUGCAGGGCCCCACUGAAAACCACAUGUAUGUGAAGUGGGCUCCCUGUU